UCCAAGUCGCUAACAUGAAUUUCCAUCAGCUUUUGAGCUGGUCGCGCGUAAAUACAUGGGAAUAACAUCAGCUUUAGCAAGCUACCUUCAAAGUUUGCUAUAUAGGAUGACAAAUACAGUUUAAAUAAUUUUUGCAUUUUUAUUUCGGAGUAUUUUGCUAGAAAGACAAACAAUGCGCCAAACAUCAUAGAUAGUGACUCUGGGUAGCUCCAAAAGACAUUCUGUAAACUCCAAAUACUCCGCUACUCUACAUAAACAAUAGCCCACUGUCCCAACCGAAAAUGACUGAGCUGUCACUUACUGAAUGUGAUUGUAGGUCGUGCAUACAGCCCAUAGCAAUCAGAUUCAGAAACUAUUGGUUUGUCAUAGUUGCUUCUACAGCGGGGUGGAAAAAACGUUGGAAACAUGACCUAUGAAGACUGUUACUUUGGCCACCAACGAUAACUAGGAAAUAACUCCACCAAUAUUACCCUUGUUUGUAGAGUUUCAGACUUGAAGCUCAUUUUCACACAUAAAUACAAAUGUUGUUACUCCGCUGUUAAUGAAAGAAAACCCACAUGGGUCACUGAAUAAACUUGAACAGACAAUAGUACAAGAAUGAAUGAAAGUCAGACGUUGCUUUUGAUUUGUUCUAAAACAGAAUUCUGAAGUAAAAAGCAACCAGUAAAACAUACUAGAACCGUGGAUUCUCUAGAAAAAAAAAUAAAACAAUGUGACUCCAAUUCCAAUGAUCAGGAUAUGGUGUGUGCCACAAGGGCCAUGGAACGUUAUCUCAGGAGAGUAGAAGACAAUCCUAGACAAGCAUCUCAAUGAUAAAGGCUAUAUCAUUGAGAUGCUUGAAGUUCCUGUACAUAGCAAAAAUACAAUCUUAAAGUAUUGCAAGAAAAAGGAUCUUGACGAGAAAGUUUUUCAAUAGAAAACUAAUCGUGGAUUGAGAAGUCUUUUUUUCUUAAAAUAAGAAUUCUUGGUGGGCUGUUUCUGUUGUUUGCUUAUUUAAAGAAAAUCUGUCACUGAGUUAUGAAUUUUUGACUUAUUUCAAAGUGUCUUGCUUUGGUUAUUCGGUAGUUUUAGAUCCAUGAGACUGUAGUCAACCUCCCUGGACAUGGCUGAAGGGAAACAUUUUAAUAAUAAUAUAAAAAAAGGUUAAUGAUAUGAUGGCAAACAAAAGAGGCAAAGUAACAUUGCAGAGGAACUGCAGGUUAACUGAAAAAAAAUCUUUAAUUUAAAAGGGUCAAACUUGAAGGCGGGAUGUUUGUCCUCGACUCUCAUGAUACUCUUCAGCAAAUACAGAAAUGUGUGUUGAAUCAACACAUUCACAGGCAUGUCAUCAUGAGAAAAACCUGAUUCCUGACAUUGUUUUCUUUGUUCUUUCUGCAACUCUCUCAGGUCUUUCUUGCAUCCCACUCAGAUCUGCCUCCACCAUGGAAACCACUAUGACUGCUCUCUUCUUCUCUGAGGCUCUCUAUCACUUGUUGGUCCUGAUGUUAAGCCUGAGCCGAGGCGUUCACUCAGUGCCUGUCCCAACUGACCUCCCCCUGUGCAUGGCCUCUGAGCCAGCUCAAUACAGCCUGACUUUCUCUGGAAAAUGGACACGGGCGGCUUUCCCCAAGCAGUAUCCAGUGUACCGUCCACCUGCACAGUGGUCAAACCUGAUCGGAGUCACCCACAGCUUGGACUACCACAUGUGGCAGCGUAAUGAGUUUGCCAGCAACGGAGUAAGGGAGUUUGCGGAAAAAAGCGAGGCAUGGACACUCAUGAAGGAAGUCGAGACGGCCGGCGAACGCAUCCAGAGCGUUUACGGGCUCCUCUCUGCUCCUGCUGUGGUGGGAGGCACGGGCCAGAUGGACACCGAGUUUGAGGUCUUUGCCAGACACUCCCUAAUGUCAUUCAUGGUGCGCAUCGUUCCAAGUCCAGACUGGUUUGUGGGCGUGGACAGUAUUAACCUGUGCGAUGGGGACAAGUGGAAGGAGAGCGUGACACUGGAGCUUUUCCCAUAUGACGCAGGGACUGACAGCGGAUUCACCUUCUCCUCUCCAAACUUUGAAACCAUCCCUCAGGACAGGAUCACACAGAUCACCUCCUCCUAUCCCAGCCACCCCGUCAACUCCUUCUUCUACCCUCGUCUGAAGCACCUCCCACCCAUUGCCAAGGUCAAGCUGACCAAAAUAAAGAAAACCAAUCAGAUCAUCAGCCUGCCGUUGGAGCCCACACAGUCCAACCUCCUGCCGACAGGAAAUGAAAUCGAAGAGAAGCUCAUAAAUACCCCUCUGGACUGCGAGGUGUCCGUGUGGUCUCCAUGGGGCUUGUGCAAAGGCAAAUGUGGAGACUCUGGAGUGCAGCACCGCACCCGCUAUGUCAUAAUGCACCCUGCCAACAACGGCGCCGCCUGCCCCCUGUUGGAAGAGGAGAGGAAGUGCAUCCCGGACAACUGUUUAUGACUAAGCCAGGACAGGAGGGAGAAGAAGGAGAGGAAGAACAAGAGAAAGAAGAAUGACAGAAAGUCCAGGGAGAGGAGGAAGGGGCGAAGGUCUAAAAACAGUAAAAGGUCCACUGGACAUCCACAUGAGGCGGCCCCUUUAGAUAGAACUGAGUAAGACACUGAUUUUCUGUGUUAAACACGGAGAAAUUGUCCUUCUUUAAUACCAUAAAUAGACAUAAAAUGAUCUAAUGUAGCAGAACAUCCCAAACAAAGUAGAUUAGACAAGAAAUAUGGCUGAACUCCAAACACAAGGUGGCGAUGAUUAGGCCAGACAAUUCUGAACAGUCACUGGUAUAUUUUGAAUGACUUCAAAUAAUGAAGAAGGCUGAUAAAAACAAAGCUAUAAUCAGCAUAAACAGAAACAGUCUCACAAACACACAGUGGUUGAUUUCCAUUCAACAAAAGUAUUUAUUGACAGGAUUUUGCCUGUUGUGUACAGUCAGUGAAAUCUGAAAAGAAUAUGUAUGCCUGUGUAAUAAUGGGACGGAAGUGUAAAAAAAAGAUUUUCUUUUUAUGCGCAAAUAUUUUUAACCUAAAUAUAUAUUUGAAUAAAAU